AGUGCUUGAGAAUGACGCUCCGCAGUCUUGGCCUGUUAGGUCCGAUGUGUGGGUCCAGGGCGGCAGACUGUUGUUCACUCGUGUUCCUAGACAGCUUCACUAGAACACAGCGUGUUUACUGGAACACAGCCAUGUUGACACACGGGAGUUGCUGGUGGCCGCUUUUGCACUGUAGUGGCGUGAACGUGGAAUGCUUUCUGUCUCACUCCUGACCAGAGGGCUCACUGUUGCUGGUGGAAUUCUCACUUCAGGCUCCUACAAGGCCAGCCUCUCCCAGUCCUCCCCCUCAGCAGUGUGAAGCUGCUGUGUCUGGCUGACUUGCCGCUCCCUAGCAGCUAUUUCUGCUCAGUCUUAUACACAGCCUGUCUCAGCUGUUUCUAAAGUUGCUGCUCUCUGGAAGAGGAAAGUGGUCGGAAUCAGGCUUGCUGUGGUUUUCCUCAUCAGUCGAGAGGACUACUGUGUGUGUGUGUGCGUGUGCGUGUGUGUGCGUGUGUGUGUGUGUGUGUGUGUGUAAGGGAUUGUGGGCUGCUUGUGGGGAGAGGUGGCAUGGAAAGCGUUCUAGCCAGUGAGAGUUCAUGGCUGCACUUAGGGGUGCGCAAGGGGGGUAGAAGGUGGAAAAGAGAAGAUAAAAAGAAAAGAACCUCAGCAGCACAAGUGGAAGUUGGCUUGUUUGAUUAGCUUGUUGGAAUGAGGUGCUCCUGUGCGCGCGCGCACCGCACACGUGUGCAAGUGUGAGAGGAUCCUGAGGUGUCAGGAGAAGCCAUUGGGUCCUCUGGAGCUAGAGUUGCCGGUGAGCCACUGUGUGGGUGCUGCAAAGCAAACUCAGACCCUGGUCCUCACACUGCACCGUCAGCUCCUCUUGCUCCCGUGUAGUCCGUGAAGAAGCCAUUCGCGUGUACAGUCACGCCCUUUCCCUCCAACUCCCCAGCUCCUCCCCAACGCCUCCCUCCCAGCUUCAUGCCUCUGAGUGCUGCCCGGGGUGCCUGGUACGAGGUCAUCGCUGGGCGUGGGCACCCUGCCUGUGGCACCUCCCCUUCACCCCGAGGUUGUCACUGGCUUGAUCUUGGGAACCGGAACUGCUGGGGUUUCCAUUUCUCCACCCCUUCUUCUGAGAUGGUCCCUGGGCUUAGCGUGGAGGUUCCGUAGACGUCUUCUCCACAGGGGGCACUUGCUGUUGCUUAUCUUAGCACUUUGAACAGUUCCAGCAUCUGUGUUAGCCACACUCAUGGUAGCACAGCUUUAUGGUUGGGAUUUCUGUGUGCUUUAUAGUUGCAGGCAUGCGUAUGCCAUUACACAACAAAUCCUGGCCGACUUUCAGCUUCUGCGCUCUUUUCCCACCUCACGAUGUGUGGCGCGAAUGACACCAGAUCAUAUUCCUCUACUUCACAUGUAGACUUCCUGGUGCAGAGCCCGAAUGUCGGCACGUGCUUUGAUCUCAGCGCUCAGGGCAGAUCUCUGUGAAGUCAAGGAUAGCCAGAGCUAUGGAGAAGGACCUUGUCUCAAAGCAAAACAAUGUUCCCAGUAACCAGUGCACCAAAUCACAGUGGUUGGUAGCCGUCUAGAUCCACCGGUGUUCCAGAUGGCGCUUAGCAACCACUACAGACCGUGGAGGACCGUCAUCACAUGCCUUGUUUCCAUGCCCCCUUCCUAAGAAUGCGUGCUCAGCAGGGCAGUGAUAGCAGCAGGUUAUUGCAGCCAGAGCUCGGCUGCCUAGGAGAUGAGGCCUUAGCUGCCACUCGAGAGAAAGGAGGCAGCGGCUUGGUGCCCUCUGGUCUUUAUAUGCGCACUUAUCCCCUGGCUCCCAGGAACGAAGACCUUGUGCUUGCUUAUGCCCCUCAGCCAGCAAGCCUUCAGCACCCUCACAUAAUGCCACUGCCUGAGGACAGCAAGGGCUCCUGCUUCCAGAGUGGGAGCAAGCGGAGCCACGAGCCCUUCAUUGGUCCGGAGAGAUUUGGAAACAGCAGCGUGGGCUUUGGCGGUAGCACUCACUCCCCAGCCCCAGAGAAAGUGACACUUCUUGUCGAUGGCACACGUUUCGUGGUAAAUCCUCAGAUUUUCACUGCGCAUCCGGAUACCAUGUUGGGAAGGAUGUUCGGACCAGGAAGAGAAUACAACUUUACAAGGCCCAAUGAGAAGGGGGAGUAUGAGAUCGCAGAAGGGAUCAGCGCCACUGUGUUCCGCACAGUGCUGGAUUAUUACAAAACUGGCAUCAUCAACUGUCCAGAUGGCAUCUCCAUCCCAGAUCUCAGAGACACGUGCGACUAUCUCUGCAUUAACUUUGACUUCCACACCAUCCGAUGUCAGGAUCUGAGUGCUUUACUGCAUGAGCUGUCCAACGAUGGUGCCCACAAGCAGUUCGAUCACUACCUCGAAGAGCUCAUUCUGCCCAUCAUGGUGGGCUGUGCCAAGAAAGGGGAGCGAGAGUGCCACAUUGUCGUGCUGACGGAUGAGGACUCUGUGGACUGGGAUGAAGACCACCCCCCACCCAUGGGGGAAGAGUAUUCCCAAAUUCUUUAUAGCUCCAAGCUCUACAGAUUCUUCAAAUAUAUUGAGAAUCGAGAUGUUGCUAAAACAGUGUUAAAGGAACGUGGCUUGAAGAACAUUCGCAUUGGAAUUGAAGGGUACCCCACCUGUAAAGAGAAGAUCAAGAGGAGACCGGGCGGGCGGUCUGAGGUGAUCUACAAUUACGUGCAGCGCCCCUUUAUCCAGAUGUCGUGGGAAAAGGAGGAAGGGAAGAGUCGCCAUGUGGAUUUCCAGUGUGUUCGCAGCAAAUCCCUCACCAAUCUGGUGGCUGCUGGGGAGGAUGUCCUGGAGGACCAGGAGAUAAUAAUGCACCACCCGCCGCAAGUGGACGAACUUGACCGGCUGAAUGCUCCGCUGUCUCAGAUGGCUCCCAAUGGCUUUCAGGAUUAGGGACAGACGGGCUGCCCGUCCUGCAGCUCUUCGGUGUGGGCACCUCAAGCAGGGCUUCCCGUCCUGGUUCUCACCCUGCGGAGAGGCUUCUCCUCCCGUUUCCCUUUCCUCUGAGUUAGCAAUGUGCCCUUUUCUGGGUCUGCCUCUGGCCAGGUGAAGAAGCCCUCUGGCAAACAAACACUUUGGGUCUGGUGCUGUUGGCUGAGUCUUUGCAUAACUGCAGGAGAGGAAGUGGACUGUUGCCUCAUACUUGGCACAGUAGCCUUUACACCUGGCAGGUGGGUGGGCUCUGCCCCAAACAGAUGGCUUAAUGGCAGAGGACCAAACAUCACAGAAGGCCAUCUGGAUGCUGCUGCACGUGUGCCCGACUGAGGGAGUGUGCCAGGUGGGUGGAAAACAGUUCCUGGGCGCUGCACCCAGAUGCCAUCUGCAUAGAAUGUCUGAAAGGAAGUCCCACAAGCUCAGCUCUACGUUUUAGUAACCCGGGAGCAAACUGACGCACAAGACGGGGAAGAACAGAGCAGUGGCUCGAAAUGUGCUGGUGCAGCCUGAGGUGACUCCAGAGCAGGCCAGCAGGACCCCCUGGCAGGAACCCACAGUGCCCCUUGAGGGGCAGCUCACUGCUGUGGGUGUGGUAGGGGACCUGGUACCUUGACGAUAAGAUUUGCUUGGUACCCUCCUGAGCUCCAGGGAAACGAACAGGACCUGUGUGGGGGCUGCACAGAGUUCACACACCAGUGCAUUUCCAUUUUUGUUUCUUUUUUUAAAGAGCCCAUUAGCUGUUCAGACAUGGUAAGAAAAUGAUACUACUGUCCUCCCCAAAGUCAGGUCCAGGCCUUGUCAUUCUGUUUGAUCUGUGUACUCUGACGUGUGUAGAUGGCAGUCCAGAUCACUAGCCCCUUCUUCUGACAUUUCCAUGGCUGGCUGCAGAAUCGAGAGCCAGAUAGCAGUGUCUGGCAUUACCUUACUUCCUGGUAGCAGUUGACCUUUGAGUUGGUCCUUCUUCCCAUCAUAGGUGGCUCGAGUAAGCCGUUCCUUCAAGCUCCUUAAAGAACGUAGUUUCUUGAAGUCUGCUCCCAUAAGGCACUGUGUGGCGUACUACUUGAUGGCAGUAAAAUCAGGUUUUGGAGGCCUCUGUGGGAUUGAAGGACAGAGUGUUCUUACAGUUUCAGGGGGAGUUGGUUCGGGAUCAUCCUUGCUCAGAGCUGCAGGAGAGCUAAGCGGCUCUCAUUUCCGUGAUGGCAGUUGUGGCUUGGCGAGGCUGGAAGCCAGCAUCUGGAAUACGGGCUGAAGCUCUUAGCUUGAGCUUGCUUCUGUGAACCGAUUGGUAUGUCUGAGGUCAGCCUUGGCCUGGACUUUGGUGCUACAUGUUUGCUCACUGGUGGCUGAGCAGCCCAGGCUCUGGGUCAGUGGUGCGUCCUCUGCUUCUCCACGGCCACUGCAGUAUGAUGGAGUCGGUGAUGUAUGUUCAGGUCCUCGUUCUUCGGGGUUAGUUCACUGCCUUCGGCCUUUUAUGAACUAGGCCUCACCCCCACAGGCCAAGUAAAUUAGCACGUUGGGGUUCCAGCCCAUGGAGUUUGACUAAAGGCUGAUGCGGUGGCAUUGGGGGUGCUGACUAAAGGAAGGCUGGGGACACAGACACCUUGUGGAGAGGGAAGCUUUUUGCACACCUUCAGCUCCACUCUUGCCUAAAUUUCAGUGUCACUGUAGUUUGGUGUCUUGCCUUCUGUUCUCAGAGUGACAUUUUUAGCGCUGGGACCUUGCAGGAUCGGGCUGGGUUACAGUUGUCUUUGGAGUUAGUUACUGGCUAUGAGAGCAGUUCUCUAAUAAAAGAUGUGUUUUGUAAGUGCCUGCAUAAGUAAUCCGGGCUAUGUGCAGGGAGUCUCCUGAGAAAAAUGACCCAGAACAUCUUAGCAAGAUAGAAGAUAAACUUGAACCAGAGGCUUGACGCAUGUCCUCGUAUCCUGUGUAGCUGAUCAGCCACGCCUGCCAUUAAGGAGUUGGCAGAACAGGGACACAGUAUUAGGAUGUCACAUGUGGGUUGAGAGCAAAGUUUGAGGAAGGUGGGGGAGACUGCGUAAGGUAGCCAUUCCCUGACCAGUACCGAGGGAGAUGAUGUCAGGUGUGUACAGGCCGGAGAAUGCUGUGCAGGAAGCGGCAUCUUCUCAGAGGUGUCCAGGGAAGUGACGUUCAGGGCACAGGCUCCAACGCAAACUGUGAUUCGAGUUGAGUUUGUGGUGCACUUGCUGCCACUUACUGCCAUCUGCAGCUUGAGGUGGGUGCAGGGAGCACAGCAGGAGGCAGAGCUGCUCUUGGCUGGAUGGGAUCAUUUCUGGAGAAUUCCAUUUUCUCCUGAGGGCAAACUGUGUAGAUUUUGCCCGUGUAUUUCCUUUUGAAGUUGCACUUGUUCACCUACCAGUGUUUACGGAAUCCUGUGUACGGGAUGCUUUUUCUAUAAUAAAGUAUUUUUAUUUGUG